GUUACAAAUUUCAAUUUUAUCUCACAGUGGAGAAUAUGCAUACAAUAAAUUCAUAAACGCGUUUUACAUAUAUAUAUAUAUAUAUAUAUUGUUAAUAAAAUAUAUGGAAAGAUUUUCCAGCUAGUAGUUAUGUAUAUAAACAAACAAUGCAUUUCAACUCAUUUGACUGAUGACAAUAAACACAAAAUCAUAAGUUGACAAAAAUAAUAUAACAAAAUAUCAAAGACGCCACUUGCAGUCAACUUCCCAAAAGAACACGCACUCUCCACAUGCUCCUUACCCAAAUUCCUCUACCGUAUUAAACCAUCUCAGACUUUUUUUUCACCAUCGGGGACGUGACUUUUCUCAUCUUGCAGUCAACUCAACACGUGGCAUCAUCCUAACGGUUUUACAUGAUUCCUCCACCGUAGACGCGGUGCACUGAACCAAACUCCGUCUAUAAAAACAACGUUACAUGUCUAUCAAAAACACAACAUCACAUUCGCACCAGAACUCAGCCAUGGCUUCUAACUCUUCUCUUCUUCUUGUCCUAGCCGUCGCUUGUUUCAUCUCACCGGCGAUUUCACAGACGUGCUCUACGCAGAACGUCUCCACCAGAUUCGACAGUUGCAUGGACCUCCCCGUACUCGAUUCCUACCUCCACUACACUUACGACGCAGCCAACUCAUCCCUCUCCAUCGCAUUCGUCGCUACUCCGCCUCGUUCCGGCGACUGGGUCGCUUGGGCUAUCAACCCCACAGGGACUAGAAUGCUCGGUUCUCAGGCCUUCCUCGCCUACAGUCCUCGAGCCGGCGCGCGUCCCAUGGUGGACACGUACAACAUCAGCAGCUACAACCUCACCCCAGGAAGACUUACCUUCGACUUCUGGAACCUGCGCGCCGAAUCCAUGCCCGGCAACAGGAUCGUAAUUUACGCUUCGGUUAAGGUUCCGAUGGGAGCCAACAGCGUGAACCAAGUGUGGCAGACCGGCGGGAAUGUGACUAACGGUCGUCCGGGAAGGCAUCCUAUGAAUCCGGCGAACAUGGCCUCUACAGGGGUGUUGAGAUUGACCGGUUCUAACGCUCCGAGCUCUGCUCCGGGCUCUGCUCCAGGCUCUGCUCCAGGGUCUGCUCAAGGGCCGACCACUCCUGGUGCGUCGACCACUCCAGGACAGGCGGGAGGUCCAGGGAACGCGGGGUCGAUGUCGACCAGCGUAAAUUUCGGGGUUAAUUUUGGAAUUUUGGUUAUGUUGGCUACUAUUUUCAUCUUUUGAGUAUGAUUUCAUCAUCUUUACAUUACUUUUUUUUUUUUGCAUAAUAAUGGAGACAUAUACUGUUUGUUUAUCUUUUUAGUCUUAGAGUCAUUUACUCUUUUUUGUAUUCCACCUAUCUCCCCUCUCACCCACAUUAUUUUGAGUUAUUAUUGGAUUUGUAUGGACCAUUACUA